AUGGCCCCAGCGGUGAGUACAGAAGGUGAUGUGCCCAUGGAGGGUCCAUCUCAAGAAGAGCACCUGCUUAUUAAUGGAGUCGUUGAUGAUGACGAGAUUAAAGAGGAGAAGGAGGAGGAGAAGGAGGAGAAGGAGGAGGUCGAAGAUGAUAGUGGGAGAGCUGCAGUCGAUGAUGAUGAUGUGGACAUCAGUCGGUUGGAACCAACGGCGAAGCAGAUCGCUGAUUGGUCCAAAUGCCCGGCUAAAGGGACCGAGAAGUGUUGGAAUCCGAGCUGCCCUAGAAGUGCUGUUGUCGAUUCGACCUAUAAAAGCCGAAAAUGCUGUGAACUUUGCCUCGACGAGUUCUACUCCAGCGUGGCAAGCUUCUGUCCCGGAUGCGGAUUGGGAUAUGAGAUCGACGAGCCCCCCGCCGACGAGUCCAAUCCUUUUCUUGGUACUAUCAAUAACAGGACGUAUCACAGAGAGCGUUCAUCAUGCUGUGCUGGUUGCGAGAAAUGGGUGCACAGGAAAUGUGAAGAUCCUGAGUUGAGGAUCGGCAUAUACGACGCGGAAUUUCUAAUGAGCAACUACUAUUGCUUUGAUUGCCGAUCAGCGAUGGACUGUGACAUUGAGUGGAGAUAUCCGAGGGACCUGCUGCUGGAAAGCCAGAGGGAUGGUGAAGAAGGAUUGCUGAUUCUGACGAGGCCUUUGCUGUGGUGCGGGGUGAGGCAGAAGACCACUUUUCCAAUUAUGAUUGUUGGGUUUGACUUCCGAGAUGACCGAAAAAACAAAAAAGUGGUGAUGGCACUGGGAGCGACGAAAGUGAAGGAUGAGAAGUUGGACUGGGAGGAGCUCAACUUGGUCGUCAGCUGCACGAAGCGGCUGCCGCCGUGGGAAGAUGUCAUAACCAACACUAGGAAUCGCUUCGCGAAGCCGCGAGGCGUGUGGUCUCUGGCGCAUUCCAUGUUCGCGGAUGAUGACAAGUCAGUGCUAGAAGUGUUAUCUGACGAGGCUAAGGCUCAGUACUUCCGAUUUAGAGAGGCUCUUGAAGAGUGUCAACAGGAAUACGAUGAGCUUGUGGCAGGAGUUUUUUCCACUAACCUGACCGAUCGGAGUAGCAGCGAGGACGAGGCUAAGCAUAGGGCGAAGCGAAGGAAGGUAGAUUCGUCAAGGGGAAGAGGAAGACCUAGGAAGCUAGAAAAGUCGGCCGAUGAUGAAGCCCUGCUGAACGAUAACGGCUCGUGGCUCCUCUCAAUGCGAGGGCGAGCCGGUAACUCUGGUGUCAUGCAGCGCUUCUCGGAGAUGCUACAGGAGUCUCCCCAACUACAUGGCGCCGAUGAGGACGAUGAAGAGCUUGAGACAGGGCUGCAGGCACCGUCCGUGGUGUGGGCUAAGAUACCGGGAAGAGGCCCAUCCUGGACACCAGCGGUUCUCACGCAUGUUCUCAGAGGGGCCGCCUCCACUGCGCCGUACAUGGUCUACUUCCUCGAGAAGGAGCAGUUGCCAGUGGCUCAUUUGCGACAAUCACAGUCAGUGUGGGAGGAUUCGCACGUGGUCAACAACAUGUGUUGCUGA